AUGAAUAAUAAUGAUGAACUCUUACAUGUUAUCUAUGAUUAUACAAGUAAAGGAGAUGAUGAAUUAACAUUAAAACGUGGAAGUAUAUUAGAAGUUUUAUCUAAAGAUAAAGAAAUUUCCGGUUCAGAAGGAUGGUGGGCUGGAAGACUUAUUGAUUCAGAAUCUGUUGGAAUAUUUCCAGCAAAUUUUGUAGCAAGUGUAGUACCAAAUUUACCUACUAUCGAUUAUAAUGAUUUACAAAUUAAAGAUUUGAUUGGUGUUGGUGGUUUUGGUCAUGUUCAUUAUGGAAAAUUCGGUGAAGUUGAUGUAGCAAUAAAAACAGCGAAAUCAUUAACAUCUUUUAAUGCGAUUAAAAGAUCUCCGUCAUAUAAAACUCAUAGUGAUGAUCAGUCGAGUACUGUACAUAAAAAUGUUAUUGAUGGUCUUUUACGUGAAGCACGAGUUUUUUCGAAUUUAAAACAUUCAAAUAUAAUUCAAUUAUUUGGUGUAAGUUCAUCAAUAGAAACAAAUAAUCUUUAUCUUGUUAUGGAAUAUGCACGAGGUGGAGCAUUAAAUCAAUUAUUAGAAAAAAGACAAUCUGGUCUUUAUCCAAAUGUAUUUAUUCAUUAUGCAAAACAAAUUGCUGAUGGAAUAAAAUAUUUACAUGACGAAUCAUUAGGACAUAUUAUUCAUCGUGAUCUGAAAUGUUCAAAUAUUUUAAUUUUCGAAGAUAUUGAAAAUAUUCAUGAUGAUAGUGAACUUUUAGACAAAACAUUAAAAAUAACUGAUUUUGGACUUGCAGAAAAACAAUUACAAACAUCAGGUGUAUUAACUGCUGGAACAUAUGCUUGGAUGAGUCCAGAAUGUAUUCGAACUAAUGAAUUUUCAACCAAAUCAGAUGCAUGGAGUUUUGGUGUUCUUCUCUGGGAAUGUUUAACGGGUGAAAUUCCUUACAAGGGUUUCGAUCAACCUCAAGUUGCUUAUGGUAUUGCUACUAAUCAAUAUUCACUUCCUAUUCCAAGUACAUGUCCAGAAGAAUUCUCACAAUUAAUGAAAGAUUGUUGGCAAAUUAAUCCAGAAGACCGUCCAACAUUUAGUGAGUUAUAUGAUCAAAUUAAUACAAUAAUUGAAGAAAAAUAUGCAAAUAAUCAGUUAUAUAAUAUGGAAACAAAUGAAGAAUCUUAUUCGUCAUUACAACAAGACUGGCGGAAAGAAAUUCAAGAUAUAUUUGAAGAAUUUAAAGAAAAAGAAAAAGAAAUUCAUGAUCGUGAACAAGCUAUGUUUCAGUUAGAUCUUGCACAAAAACAUCAACGUAUGCAAUUAGAACAAUGGGAACGUGAAUUACAUGAUCGUGAAAUGAGUGUUAUUGAACGUGAAUUAUCAUUAUUAAUGCUAGCGAAUAACCAAGAACGUCUUCAUCAACAAACACCAAAAAUACAAAAACGUUCAGGACGUUUUAUGCGUUCACUUCUACAUGCAACACUUAAUGGAAAUGGACAUUUUUCAUCAACAGCAGCUACAGAUUUAAUUAGUAGUCCAAAAGAUUUUCGUCAUAUAAUAUCUAUUUGUCGUGAUCAUAAUACUCAUCGUCAUCAUCAUGAAUAUGCUUCAUCAUCACCUAUUCCAAAUUCUCUAUCAUCAACAACCUGCUCAUCUACUAAUUCUCAUCGUAAAUAUACAAGUACUAGUACACCAACAACACCAAAUUUAAAUCGACUUCGAACAUUAACUUCAAGUGGAGAUCUUACUAUAAAUAGAAUAUUUGAUGAAGAAUAUUUAAUAAAUAAUGAUGUUCAUCCACAUGAUUUAAACCAUCCACCAAUAUCUCCUGAUAAACCUUCGCGUUGUUUACCAAUUAAUCAAACAAAAUCUUCAUCAACUAUAAAACAACAUUCACGUUGGCGUAAACCAAAAACAUGGUCAGCAUCAUCAGCAACGAAACGAAAACAUGGUAAAACAACAAAUAUACGUCCAGGUGAUUCAAAAUGGUAUUUAGAAACUACAUCAACUACAAAUACAAAUGAUGAUACUACAACAAUAUCAAGUACAAAAUCAGCUCCCGUUAUUAUUGGAUCAAAUCAAAAAUUAGGUUAUUCUUCUUCUCCUUCCACAUGUUCAACACCAAAUGAUCGUUCAUUAGCGCGUGCUGUUUUUGAUAUUAAUUCUAUGUUAGCUAGUAUUGGACUUGGUCGUCGUCUACCUACUCAAUCUUCAUUAUCGACAGCAUCCUCCUCCUCUUCUUUAAUUUCAACUCCAACAACAACAAUAAGAAAUCCUCUUCAUGAAACUAUUUUUCGUUCAACAAGUGAAACAAAAUCUAAACCAAUUUCGACAUCGUCAUCUUCAACAAAUACAUCUCCAUCUCCAUUAACUAAAAAAGAACAUAAACGAACUUGUUCAACACCAAUAACAAAUAUACAAACUCAAACAAAUACUUCUCGAGCACGACCUAAUUAUUCAUCUACUCGACCGAAUUCUCUAGCACUUUCUUUUAUUCCUCGAUCAUCAAGACCAAUAAAUACAAGUCAUUCAGAUUCUCAAUUAGUUGAUAAACAUUAUAAUCGUUCAACAAAAAUUACUAGUACACCAGAAGAAGAUGAACAGACAAUUAAUGAUGAUGGUGAUGAUAGAUUUUAUUCAGCACAAUCAUCAAAAACAACUACACCUAUGGUACAAUCAUUUGGUAUGCCAAUAAAAACAUCAAAUUCUCAACCACAAUUAAAUCAUCCUUGUUUACUUGAUAUUGAUACAGAAGAACAAGUAGAACAUAAAACUAAAGUUUUACCACCCUCAGUUGAUAAAAAAAAAUUAUUUCAUUCAUCUGAUACUCUUGAACGAGAUUUUCUUCAUUGA